CCAUCCAAUCCAGCUAGCGAGCGAGCUACUCCGAUCGAUCGCAUCCUGUCCCCGCAUAUGAUAGGGAGGCGAUCGAUCGACGAAUUGACCGCCGCCGGAGCUGGGGACGACGACGGCGGCGGCCAAGCUGUGCUGCGAUUGUUUCAUCCACCGACGACCGGUCGAUGGCGGAGGGGUGGCGCUGCGGGGGGCGCGACGAAGGCGGCGCCGUGGAGCUGAGCCUCCGACUGAGGACGGGAGACGACGGCGAGGGUAGUAGUAGUGCUGCUGCGUCGGCGGCGGCGGUGGCGCAGGAGGAGGAGGCAGCGGCGAGGAGGAGGAGGAGCAUGACCAUCUUCUACAACGGCCGGGUUUGCGCCCUCAACGUCACCGACCUCCAGGCAAGGACGAUCAUAUCCAUGGCGAACCAAGGAAAUGUCACCGAUCAGCAGCAAAGACAAGUUGUUAGGGAGGAUCACGAUCAUCACUGCCAUCAGGCUGACAGCGGCAGCGCUUCCACGGCGGCGCAGCAGCUGAACCCGGCGGUGGCGGCGGUGGCUGAUGAUCGCCAUGUGCCGCCGCCGGCGGUGGCUCCUCCUCCUCGUCAAGAUCACCUUGAAGCGGCGGCGAGCGGGCUGUCCAUGAAGCGCUCGCUGCAGCGCUUCCUCGAGAAGCGGAAGGCGAGGGCCGCGGCGGCGGCGCCGCUCUACCCCGGCGAGAGGCCGGUGGCUCGUCGAUGAGACGACACUGGUUUUUUUUUUAUUCUGUCUUUUUUGUAAUCUUAAUUUGUUACAAGAUCCACACACCUGAAAAAUAUAUACGACUAACUAGUUGGCU